AUGGAGGAGCAAAAAUCAACAUCCAAACUACGACUAUUGCUACUGUUGUUUAUCACCUGUUUAACAUUGAGCAUAACAGUACUCGUUGGUUCCGCUGGUCAUCUGAUAUAUUGGGUUUUAUUCGAAUCAUUCGGUCGUAAUGAUCGAAGAAUAAAACGAAAACUUGUUUUGACCAAAGAUGCUCAAGAUGACGAAUAUUAUGCAGUUAUCAUCGGUGCUGGCUUUUCUGGUAUAGGCAUUGGAAUAAAAUUGCACGAGGCUGGCAUGAAUAAAUAUGUGAUAUUGGAACGUCUAUCGUACAUCGGUGGUACUUGGUAUGCCAAUCAAUAUCCGGGUUGUGCAUGCGAUAUUCCAUCGAAUCUUUACUCAUUUUCAUUCGAACCCAAUCCACAAUGGUCAUAUUUUUACGGUCAACAACAAGAAAUAGCUGAAUACCUUGAAUAUUGUGCAGACAAGUAUGAUCUUCGUCGACACAUUGAAUUCAAUACAACAGUUAUUCGUUGUGAUUGGCUCCAGGAACGACGAAUAUGGAGAGUAACAGCUCGGUUGAAGAAUGAUCAAGAGAAACAAUUCUUCUGUCGAGUAUUAAUUUCCGGCAAUGGACCCUUAUCGAAUGGUGCCUAUCCAACGAAUAUUUCAGGAAUUGAUAAAUUUCAAGGUCGAAUGUGUCACACAGCUGAAUGGGAUAAAUCAAUUAAUUUCAUCAAUAAACGAGUAGCUGUCGUGGGAACUGGUUCUAGUGGAGUUCAAGUUAUGCCCGAAUUACACAAGAUGAAUGUGUCAAAAUUGUACGUUUUUCAACGCACGCCAGCCUGGGUCAUUCCACGUAUCGAUCGAUCUGUACACGCAUGGGAAAAACGUCUCUUUACCAUGUUUCCAAUUAUUCAAAAAUUCAUUCGAGGAACUAUCUAUUGGAUGUAUGAAUCGACUGCUCUUUCGUUUACUUACCGACUCCCGAUUCGACAUAUCUGUCAAGAAUUAAUCAAUUAUAAUCUUAUGAGACAAGUUAAAGAUAAAGAAUUACGAAAGAAAUUGACACCAUCAUUCGAUUUUGGUUGUAAACGAGUUUUAGUUAGCAAUGAUUGGUAUCCAACAUUGCAAAAACCGAACGUAUCACUUGUUACUAGUCGAAUACGAUACGUGACAUCGAGCUCAAUUGUUACUCAAGAUGGUAAUGAAUAUCCUGUCGAUAUUAUCGUUUGGUCAACCGGAUUUCAAGUGCAUAAAAUUCCAUUUGAAAUUUUUGGCUCGAACGGUGUUGCACUUUCUGAACUAUGGGCAGAAACUAUUCAAGUUAGGAGUCCUAAUAUUUCCUCCAAUGCUCGAUGGGCACAAAACGGAACUACUGUUGCUGGAAGCCAUGAACAUGGCGAUGCCAGCAAUCAACUAAACAGCCCUUGGGGUGUCUUCGUUGAUGAUGAUCAAACGAUGGUCAUCACUGACAUGUGGAAUCAUCGUAUUAUCCAAUGGAAGAUGGGUGAUACAAAUGGACAAGUGGUAGCUGGUGGCCAUGGUUCAGGAAAACAAUUGGAUCAAUUGAAUAGACCAUUUGAUGUAUUGAUCGACAAAAAGACGGAUAGUCUCGUUAUUUGUGAUCGAGACAAUCGACGAGUCGUGCGAUGGUCUCGCCUUAAUGUCACAACUCAAGGAGAAAUUCUCCUCGACAACAUCCGUUGUUGGGGAUUGGCCAUGGAUGAUCACAGAUACCUCUAUGUCUCUGAUGAUGAAAAACACGAAGUAAGACGAUAUCAUAUGGAAGACAAGAAUGGAAUUCUUGUGGCUGGUGGUAAUGGCAACGGUGCUAGUCUCAAUCAACUCAACAGUCCGACCUACAUCUUUGUUGAUCGACAGCAGACUAUCUAUGUGUCAGACAACGAGAAUCAUCGUGUGAUAAAAUGGGAAGAAGGUGCAACGGAAGGAACUGUCGUCGCUGGGGGUCAAGGUGAAGGGGCUGCUCUGACACAAUUGUAUUAUCCUCAAGGAUUGUUCGUCGAUACAUUGGGUACCCUUUAUGUGGUAGAUAGGAAGAAUAAUCGAGUGAUGCGUUGGUCUAAAGAAGCGAAGCAAGGUACUAUCAUUGUCGGUGGAAAUGGUUAUGGAAAAGCAUCAAAUCAACUCAAUGGUCCCAUGGAUUUGUCCUUCGAUCACUAUGGCAAUCUAUAUGUCGUUGAUACGUUAAAUGAUCGUAUUCAACGUUUCUCUAUUGAAUAG